GUGGCAUGGAAGGGAGGCACCCCGAGCCACACGGAGAGGAGCAUUGUUCUGGAUAAGAACAGUGUGAGCUGGAGGAGAGCUGAGAAGAUACCGUGGGAACUGAGCACUUGGGGGGAACUGUUUGGGGUCCGGUUGUGUGCAAUGGUCUCUGAAGGGAUGUGGAGCCCAAACAGAGGUUUCCAAGGGGCUGCAGGGGGGACUGGAGUGUGGGAGGAGGAUGGAGUGCGGUCAGAGAGCUGCCAGUUGUCCCCGAGGAGCCUCGGCAGCCCCCGUGCCCGGCAUCCCCGGGGCGAUGCUCCAGGCCGGGAAAAUCCCCGGGCGCUGCGGGAGCCUCUGGCUGCCCCGGCAACAGCGUCGAGGCGCCGCCAUCUCGGCUGUGCCGGCGAGGAGGAGGCGCCGGCUGAGAUGGACUUGAACCUGGAGGAGAGUUUGGGCCGGGCGUUCCGGGACAAGCUGCGGCUGCCGAUGGUGCUGGUGGGUGACAGUGCCACGCUGCUGCCCUCCGCACGGGUGCUGCUGAAGCGACGGGAGGUGGCGGAGGUGGAGCGGGGGCUGCAGCGCCAGCGGGAGGAGUUUGGGCAGAGGAUGGAGCUCCUGGAGCAGCGCCGGCAGCGGCUCUGCCAGCGCAAAGACCAACUCCAGGACGUCAUCCUCAAAUUCAACGCCUUCCUCCAGGCCUCGGCGGUGAGGCGGGAGCGGGCGCUGCAGCGGGCAGUCCGGGCACGGGCGGCGGGGCAGGAGAACGAGGCCGCCCGGCUGCUCCGGGAGCUGGAGGCGCUGCGGCAGCAUCGGGAGCGCCUGCUCCAGCAGACACAGAGCCUCCGCCGCUUCGGCGACUACCUGCAGGACGUGGUGGCCAGGACAGGGCAGUUCCAGGACGUCCCGGCCAUGCUGGCCCAUUUCGUGGCGCUGGCGGGGGCGCGGGCCGCCCUGGCACAGGAGGCAGCGGCCGGGCAGGAGCGGCUGGCACAGCGCCGGGCUCAGCUCCAGCAGUACCAGGAGGAGACCGACAGCGAGCUCCUGCGCACCAGGGACGAGCUGGCCCGGCUCCGGGCUCGCCUCGAGGCCACCCUCAUUGAGGUGCUCCAGGAGGAGUCCCGCUGGGCGCAGAUCCAGAGAGCAGCCACCCGGAGGACACUGCAGCUGGGGCAGAUCAAGCUGGCCGUGCUGAACCUCUUUCAGCUCGUCACCGCACAGUUCAGGGUCCCCAUGGAUGUGGCCCUGGAGAACACCGAGGCCCAGCUGGACAUGGUGCUGCUCUGCAUGCAGGACCUGGCUGCCAUCUGUGCUGAGCUGCACCCCAGGGAGCCGGGGCUGCGUCCCCCACGCGUGCCAGCAGCCACCGGCAAACACCGGCUGCGCCACGGGGGUGCCAGGGGGGCUCUGAGCCUGAAAUAGCCCCCACGGGACAACUCCUGGGGCUGGGGAGAGUUCACCAGGGCCAGUGUGAAGCCCCAGGAACCCCCGGGGAUGGAGGUCGCUCCCCGACAAGUCUGGGCCCCCCACGAUGAGCAGUGACAUGGGUGGCGGUGGCACAGGGGGGUGGCACCGCACUGGGCGGGGAGCAGGGCUCCCCAGGGCUCCCCAGGCAGCAGGACCUGGUUGUGGGAACAGCAGGAUGUGCAGUUCCAGCUGAAGGGCCUUGGACAGGUUACACAGAAGUACGUUUUUAUGAGUGUAAGAAGUGAUAGCCCAGGCCACCGAGAACGAUAUCUUGGGUUGGAAAACCGCCCCCACACAUAUGAUGUGCGAAUGAGGGGGUCGUAACGCCGCCCCCAAGAUACGCACAGGAACGUGACUGAAAACAGUCACAACAGGAGUGCGGUGUGUCUGGAAUAGCAUUUUCUGAUAAAACUGUCGAACCUCUUGGUCCAGCCCUGUGUCUGUACACAUAUACAUUGAGAACUGCUAAUAAAAGAGAGCUUGCGCCGCCUGGCUCCGCUCUCGCUGCCAACAG